GUCCUUGGGCCUUUUUGGGUUUGGAUUUGGAUUUUAAAACCUAUUUUUGAGCAUGUAGGGCUUUUCAGCUGACGAUUGUGCAGCAGCCAAUUCGAGCGAGGAUGUGUGGGUCUUCUGACAAGGACUGGAGACCAGUGUCGCCACCGCCAGUGUUGAAGCUUGAGCUGUACGAUGUGGAGGGUAACCCGGUAAUAGAAGGCGGGUUCAUGCAGUUUCUGGUUAUCCAUACCACACUGUGGAAGGAGGAUCAAGAGGAGGAGCUCACAGUUGUUGAGCUCCCGCACAAUGCCAGCAGCAAGCGCAUUUCGGCGGCCGCCAAAAGUCGCAAGCGGGGCGUCACCCAGUUUGGGUGCAGGGCGGCAGAGCCGGGGUUGGAGAUGGAGAACAAUCUUUUGGGCGAUUACACUGCCUCAAGCUCAAUUGUGGAUGACGAGAUGGGCGAGCGUGGCUGCUUCUUUGUAUUUCCCAAUUUGUCGAUCCGUCUGGAGGGCCGAUAUAGAUUGCGUUUUACGCUUAUCAAGCUCCCAAGCAUGGGCGAUGCUCAGCACCCGAUGAUCCCGACCUGUCUUUCGAGCGUGUUCUCAGACCCGUUCGACGUGUACUCAAUAAAGACAUUCCCGGGCAUGAUUGAGUCCACGGCGCUUUCAAGAUCGCUGGCGCAGCAGGGUAUUAAAAUACCUAUCCGCAACACACAGGACAACACUUAGUUUAUUAUUGGCAAAGCAUAUUAUUCAGGUCAUGUCAUUUUUCUUUGCUCUUUUAUAAGCUACAACCAAUAGAACCACAUUCACACAACUAUAAUA